AUGCCGAAAGUCCAAAACACGCAGACUUCGCGGCCCUCUGGCUCGUGCACCCGCUGCAUUGCAGUCAUCGCUACGAUCUUUGCUGUGGUUGUUGCACUCUUUACCUACCUGGACGCGCACAGGCAACAAUUCUACAUUUUUGACCAGCAAAAGCUGCACGGCAUCACCAAGCAAGCGAUUGCGCAGCACGGCGAGAAUGCCGAUCAGAUCUUUGACUACAUUGUGAAGGAGCUGCGCAAGGACCCCAAGGUGGCCCCUACCCUCAACGCUCACUCUUUCCGCGAGCCGUCCGAGUGGGUCUUUAACAACGCUGGUGGUGCGAUGGGUUCCAUGUACAUCAUCCACGCUUCCAUCACCGAAUACCUGAUCUUCUUUGGCACGCCGCUUGGCACCGAGGGCCACACUGGCCGUCACACGGCGGACGACUACUUCCACAUCCUGACGGGUACGCAGUACGCCUACAAGGCCGGGGACCUUAAGCGCGAGGAGUACCCUGCGGGUGCGAUGCACUACCUCCCCCGUGGUGUUGUGAAGCAGUACAUGAUGCCCGAGUCGGGAUGCUGGGCGCUGGAGCUCGCUCAGGGCUGGAUCCCCCCGAUGCUGCCGUUCGGUUUUGCGGACACGAUUUCGUCGACGCUCGACUUCCCCACGUUCUUUAGGACUGCUGUGAUCACCGGCCGCGAGAUGAUCAAGAACCUGCUCCAAGGCAAGUUUUAA